AAAUUACUAAAAUCUGUUGGGUGUUGCAAUAAGAAAAAAAAAAAAAAGUAAAGAAGUGAAAAAUGAAAAUCGUAUCAAGAGCAAAGAGGGGUGUAUAAAGAGGUCCCACAACCAACCAGCCUCGGGUUAGCUUAUUUUGUCAGCCAAGUAGAGAGAGAGAGAGAGAGAGAGAGAGAGAGAGAGGAAGAGGCGUUCCAACAGUGAGAGCGGAAGGUAGCGAAGGGCGAAGGCGGAGAAACAAAUGGAUCCAGACGCGUUGUCGAAAGCAUUCGUGGAGCAUUACUACUCCACCUUCGAUACCAGUCGCGCUGGUUUAGCUAACCUUUACCAAGAGACUUCCAUGUUGACUUUUGAAGGUCAGAAGAUCCAAGGCUCUCAGAACAUCGUUAACAAGCUCACAUCUCUCCCUUUCCAGCAGUGCAAACAUACCAUCACCACCGUCGAUUGCCAGCCUUCUGGACCUGCCGGCGGUAUGCUCGUCUUUGUCAGCGGCAAUCUCCAACUUGCCGGAGAGCAACACGCUCUUAAGUUCAGUCAGAUGUUCCAUUUGAUGCCAACAGCACAAGGAAGCUUUUAUGUGUACAAUGACAUAUUCCGCUUGAACUAUGCUUGAGGUUUGGUUUGAUUUGAUUUGGGUCUGUAUGUCUACAGCUACAACUAAAGGUGGUGUUGGAGUUGGGACCAAUUCCAGAAUGUGGUUAUUUACUUUUUGGUGUUUUAAGAUAUCAUUGAACCAUCCGAAAGAAACUUGUGUUUUAUGACUCUUGCCUAUUUGAUAACUGUAAUUUGAUGAAUUUGUUUGGUUGUAUAUGGCUUGGCUUGGCUACUUGUUAAAUGUUGUUGAAAGUAAGCACACACUACUAGUCUCAAAAACACAGUGUUUGCUUUUUUGUAAGUUGGAGCACAGUAGAUAGAAUGAUAUAUCCAUGAUACGGAUCGGAUGAUAUUUAAUCUUUAUUAAUCACUACUACUAGUAGUAGUAGUUGGUAUCAGGACUAAGUUUGAAUCAACUGAUGACAUUUGUGUUGUGGUAGGCUGGUAAGCAAGCAUGAUCUUGACUUUGUUUAAACUAUAAAUUUGCAUUGAAGGAUCAAAACAC